AUGGAGUCGCUCCACGCAACGAUCAGCGUCGUGCUUGUCGGCCAGCUCGCCACCGAGUACGUCGAUGCAGCGACGAUGGCGAGUAUGUUUACGUCCAUCACGUCCUUCUCGGUGGGCCUCGGCCUUGCGUCGGCCCUCGACACCCUCUGUACGCAAGCCCACGGCGCCGGCAACACCAAGCAGUUUGGCGUCUACUUUCAAAGCGCCCAUCUCGGCAUGGCUCUGACAUUUAUCCCUGUUGUCAUUCUCAACUGGUUUUCCGGAGAUAUUUUGACCGCCAUGGGCCAAGACGCCGAGAUCUCUGGCUUUGCCGGCACGUUCACCCGCAUCAUCACGAUCGGUCUGCCCUUCUACUUUGUCUACCAGCUCGUGCGCCGGUUCCUCCAAGCCCAUGACAUUGUCUACCCGAUGACAAUGAUUGCGCUUUUGAGCAAUGUUGUGCACAUCGGUCUUGGCUACUACCUCUGCUACCACACGUCGCUCGGCUUCAACGGCGCGGCGAUCGCACGCUGCGUGAGCUACGUGGUGUUGCCGCUCUUCAUGCUGCCGUACUUUGUGUGGCGGCCGAUCCACCGCGAGUGGGGUCUGCACUGGAACAAGGCAGUCGCAGUCGGGAAUCUCCGCGAGUUCUUCCGCUUUGGGAUUCCGGGACUGCUCAUGGUCAUGAUGGAGUAUACCGCGUUUGAAGUGCUCACGCUCAUGGCCGGUUGGCUACCGAACCACAAGGUCAUGAUCGGCAUCAACUCGGUACGUCCUCAUCAACCUCAUUCUGAUCUUCUACAUGGUCUUCCUGGGCAUUCCUUCUCGGCGACCAUCCGCAUCGGCAACUACCUCGGUGCCAACAAGCCGAACGAAGCGCGACGCGUUGCGAAGAUGGCGAUCCUUGUCUGCGCGUCGCUCUCGUUUGUGACCGGGGGUACGAUGCUUCUCGCGCGCCAUGAGCUGCCCAAGGUCUUUAUCAACGACACUGAAGUCGUCGAGGGGGCCGCCAUCGCGCUCUGCUAUGUCAUUCUCUUGCACAUGAUUGAUGCGGUCAACGCUGUCAGCCAAGGCAUCUUUCGCGGGAUUGCCAAGCCCGUGAUUGCGACGGCGGUUAACGCCGGUGCGUACUACCUCAUUGGCCUUCCGAUGGCAUCCGUGUGUGCGUUCGCUCUGCAUUGGGACGUCAACGGCCUCUUUGGUGGCUUCACCCUCGGCGCGUUCACGGCCUGCUGUAUGUACAUGUGGCAAUUCUCCAAGAUCAACUGGGUCCACGCGGCUAAUGAAGCCAUGCGCCGGAGCAAGUCGGACGUUGUUCUCGAUGACGACGUCGACGCGUGCUGCAGUCCGUCGUCGUCGUUUUCGAAAUGCUAG